AUGGCCGUUGGGUCCACCCAAAGUGGAUUACUCAAGUGCUCUUUGGAACCAAGAAUCAAGUCGUCCAACUUCAGCCAGCUUCAAAUCCUUCUUGUGUCUCUUCGCCGCGCCCUGGGGCGUGCUGUGGUAUCAGCGAGCUUAUUCCGAGAACCCGACUCCAUCGGACUCGAUAGGAGGGCAACGCUACUCUAUGCCUGGUUUCGACCACAUCAGGACAUAGAAUCAGGCGUGAACUUCCAGAAACGCUCAGUGGCUACUGGAUGUGCCAUGGACCAACGGCUUCACGCUGCCAAUGACUUUGCUCCUCACAUGGCCCAACCUUUGGUAAAUCUCCAGACAGCUGCGGGUUCAAGUUGGCACAACAUCACCGCCUGGGCCAUCAACGUGACGCGAAAUGCGGCGUUUCUAGAAGACUUCUUGUGGGUCGGUCCACGGAUUUUCAUGAAACUUGGAUCCUACAUAGCCUUGUCAGACACCACAGGUGGUUCGACGGGACGACUGACAUCGCCAUCGGAUGGAGCCAUGUCCUCAGAGCUGCACUUGCGAAACUUGCUGGAACCUGAUAUUAGUAUCCCUUUGAAAGCAAGGAUUGGCCCAUCCAUCGGAGAUGCAAAUGCAGACACACAAGCUACACGACUGUCCCUUGAUGGCGCGCGGGGCUUGGGCAGUGUAUUUGGUUACGUUACCAGUAACUUACUUCUCGGCAUUGGUGAUAGAGAAUCAUGUGAAGCUGCUGGCAUGGUUCCCAAGGGCGACGACUCGGAUGCUCAAAAUCUACGCGGGUCUUUGAAUCUACUAUGGCCUCUAUUCGGUGUAUUAUGUCUUAGUCACUUUAUCGAGACGCUAUCAUGUGCCGUCCAAGGCCGCCCGCUCUCAGUGGAAACCGGAAUGACGCUGUUUGAGCAAUCACUUGCCUUCGCAGAGGCAGAUGCGGCUGUCAAUAAUCAGCUUGGCUGGGGGUCUUUGCCUCGGAUCCAUCAGAAUUUGAACCCGCCAGUAUCUGGUUUAUCAGCAUCAACUUCUCUGACGCGGUCUGCGGUCCUCAGCAAGGUUAACACGCCCCCAGAAGUCUUAUUUAUUGCAUUUUUGUCGUCCAUGACUCAUCUGUCCAGUCACAUGUUGGGAGUAUUUGAUGCCCAGUCAAAAUACAGACUCGUGAACACAGGGUUUUGGGGCCUCUGUUUCAUGGGUACAAUCGUCUGGAGCGCUUUCGAAUUUGAACUGGGAAAUCCUUUGGCACAAAGCAUGUUAAGAUUUCCAACUGUGUGCAUCAUUGGAUUUGUUCCUCAUGUUCUAGUACUGUCUGGUAUUGCGGUCUGUCUUCUAAUAUACGGACUAGCCCUCAUCCUGUCUGCUCUAGCUCCGCCGUUGUCUACCAGCGACAGUCGUUCAGCGACCCUUCGUCAAAGGCUAGCACAUGCUCAUGAAAACAUGCAAGCAAAUAUCUCUCUUUCAGAAAUUCGCAUAACGAGAGACAUGGAUUUUUAUACAGCACUUCUUCGAACCGGGUUUGCUGCCAUCAGUAUGGCAAGUGAAGCUGUAUACCUCAAUGAAGACCGUGGUGUCACUCUACAACAUCGCACAUGGCUAGAAGAGGCGCGCUUCCGAGAGGUAGAGGAGAUACAAAGGCAAGCAAUUGGAAUUGGGAUGCCUAACUCCCAGUAUGACCAGAUUGGCACUAUCGGGCUCGUUCCAGUGAAAGAUUGUACCGUGGCUGCGACAAGCGGCUAUGGCCGCGAACGUGCUGCCCAGAGAAUAUCCAGAGGGCGAAGUGACAGGGCCAUUCGGACAGGCACUGGGGCGACUGAAAGAAGCUCAAGGUGGUUCAUGGCUGUGGAAUUUUUACUGAGCACAGGCAAGUUGAUGGUUCGCACAAGUGCCCUAGCGGCACUUUGGGGGUUAGGAAGGAUUCGAAUAAGGAGUCAACCGGCUUGGCUCCUUUGGCUGGCUAGACGCCAGAAGCUUAGUAUGGGUGACAAGGACAGGGUGUCCGGAAGGAGACAGGGCAUCACAUCGGAUGCUUCUGGACGUUCAAUCACCGGCCAAAGAUCAAUUCCUCCAACGGAAGGCUUUGAUGUCGAGACUGAAUUCAGGCGAUUCAAUGCUAGUCAGGAUGAAGACAGUCUGGAUGCAGACCUAUAUAAGUACUGGUUGACUGGAGGCUGGUGGAGUUCAAAUGACGAAAGUGGUGAAUACAAGCCAGACGACGAGGACAGCUGGGACACAACUUCCGCCAUAUCCAUCCCGACAACGCCAGUCGACGAAGAUGGUUCAGAUAACGGCUGGGGAUCGGAAGAAGAUAAUACAGAAGCACCCUCAGGGCUAUCACUGACGCGAAGCUGGGAAACCACGCCGCCUGCGGAUACAAUCUUGGACACGAAUAAUUUAGCACGACUCCUAAACCCGGAGACUGCAGAAGAACGAGAAGAAGCCCACAUCCUUUCUGCACACCUGCAGUACGAUACAGUAAUGACGAGGUCAAGCUUUAGGCGCCAGGAUCAUCUCCGACGGAGUCGUGUUCUUCUACGGCCCGGCAUGACUGCCACAGGAGGUUACAGAUCUUCGGAUAGUCGCAACGUGAAAUUGAGCCCCGAAGAUGAGGAACAUCUCUUGGAGCAAAUUCUCCUAUCACGUCGCAAUCAGAACGAGUUCCACUCCCGCGACACUGACACAAUUCAGCGUACGGAUUUGGCUACCGAGGAAGCAGCAAACCUGCCCUACACGAGUGAUUGUGGUUCAUAG